AUGAACGGAACCACAUCCCUUGUGCUAACACAGCCUUUGGUCUUCGUCUUCCUUCUAGGUGGGAACCUGGCCCACUGUCAGAAGGCCGUGCCCACAGCUCACCUAACUUCCGUUAUUGACUGUGCUAGUGGAAAACAGCUCUCCUUGGCAGCAUCCCCUGUGCCCCCCCAAGUCCCCGGUCCUUACCUGGGCCUUGUCACCCCUCCAAUGAAGUCCUAUAUCUUGUUCUGUGGGGACAACCAGCCUUAUCUGACUCAGGAGGCCACCCUGGGCAGGGGGCACCUUGCCCAGGCCAGGGGCAUCCUGCCACCCUGCAGGGGCACCCUGCCACCCUGCAGAGGGACUGUGGCCCCAGCUUCCUCCCCACUGAGCCCACUAUGCGCCCAGGAGGCCCCUGAAGCCAAGGGGAACCCCUUAAAGACAAGGCCUGGAAGAUACUCAGCCUGGGAAACAGUCAGGGGCCUGCUCAAAGCUUUCUCCUCCUGUGUCUGUGGGCAGGCAGAUUGA